AAUCGGUUCUACUACCUCGAAUUAGUUUCAAUCUACCGCUAAACCCAUUAUCAAUCAAAUCUCUGCAACCUCCUUAUUCGGUUAUUCUCGGUUAUUCCCUUCUCUUCCAAUUUAAGCUCUCUCCUUUCGCACAUUCCCAUUUGGUUCUUUCCGUUGGUAAGAAUCCAUUCUCGCUCGCUGCAUUUUCACGCAUGCUUUUUUUCUCGAGUGAUCCCAACCCAAACACAAUACACUUUCACCCAAUUUUUUUAGUUUGAGUUGGUCUGUUAUUAUUCAUACAGCAAAUGAAGUAUCCUUCUGUGAAUACAUAUUUUCCAUUGAAAAUAAAAUAAGAAUCAUUUGAUUAUCCUUUUUUUCUUUUUUUCUUCUUUUUCUUCCUCAAGUUUUAGGGUUUUUGAGGGGGUCUUUUCGAUCGUUUUGAUUGGGAGGCCUUCUUUGUCUCAUAAUUAAUGGAAUCACUUCGCUAAUUAGUACCCUUUUUGAGAACUCAAGUUUUUUCUAUCUGCAUAGAAAACUUGAGUUUUAGAAUCAAGGGAAAAAUAAUUAAAAGCAAAAAAAAAAACAAAAAAAGUUGGUGAUCCUGCUCUUCGAAAGAUGUCAGCUGCUGAUGUUGCUUUGAGUCCGAUUCGGCAAGAAUCGGCACAUUGGCUUGGACCUCUCUCUGGUGAAUCCAUAUUGAUAUAUCUCACUGUGGAUGGUGUUAUGACUCCAAUGCGUGUGUUGGAGUCAGAUUCCAUUUCUUCAGUGAAAAUGAGGAUUCAAACAUGCACUGGAGUCUCAGGGAAGAAGCAAAAGCUUGUCUCUAAUGGCAGAGAGCUUGCCCGCAAUGAUUCACUCAUCAAGGAUUACGGUGUCACUUCUGGGAAUGUUGUUCAUUUGGUUCUUCGUCUCUCUGAUCUUAUCUUCAUUGUUGUAAGGACCACGACUGAGAAGGAGGUGGAGUUUCGUGUCGAUCGGCAUAGGAAUGUUGCGUACCUCAAGCAGCAUAUUAAGAAGAAGGGGAAAGGCUCCAUUGAUAUUGAAAAUGAAGAAUUUUUCUGUGAUGGGGAAAAGCUUGAUGAUCAAAAGCUAUUCCAUGACAUAUGCAAGAGUGAUGAUGAUGUGAUUCAUUUGAUAGUUAAGAAAUCAUCAGCACAGGUUAAGGCCACACCAGUUCAAAAGGAUUUGGAGCUUUCUGUUGAGGCUGCAACUGCACCAUGUGUAGAUGGAGAGAAUACUAAUCAAGCAACUAAGAUUCCUCCACCUGGUGUAGAUUUUUGGUUGGAACCAGUUAUUGUGAAUCCUAAGAUCAAUUUUUUCCCUUUCCUUUGGGACAUGAUCAACUCCACAUUUGAUGGUUUGAAGAAUAAACAUAAUCCUAUUAGGUCUUCUGAGGGCACAGGUGGUGCUUACCUCAUGCAAGAUUCAUCAGGGAUGGAAUAUGUUUCUGUGUUUAAGCCAAUUGAUGAGGAGCCAAUGGCCGUGAACAAUCCUCAAGGCCUGCCACUUUCGUCAAACGGCGAAGGGUUGAAAAGAGGGACAAAGGUGGGGGAAGGCGCCGUGAGAGAAGUCGCUGCAUAUGUAUUGGAUCAUCCAAGGGCCGGGCCGCGUUUGGUGUCUGGUGAGGCUGUAGGCUUUGCUGGUGUUCCACCUACUGCUAUGGUCAGGUGUUUGCAUGAAGCAUUUAAUCACCCAGAUGGAUAUGCUUGCUCAGCCAAGCAUGUCAAGAUGGGGUCAUUGCAGAUGUACAUGAACAAUGAUGGCAACUGCGAGGACAUUGGACCCGGUGCUUUUCCAGUGGAGGAGGUACAUAAGAUUACUCUUCUUGAUAUAAGAAUGGCCAAUGCAGAUAGGCAUGCUGGGAACAUUUUGUUCAAGAAGGAGGCAGGUGGCCACAUUUCUCUCAUUCCUAUUGAUCACGGCUACUGUCUACCGGAACAAUUUGAAGAUUGCACAUUUGAUUGGCUAUACUGGCCCCAAGCACGCCAACCUUACUCUGCUGAUACAGUUGAUUAUAUUAGGUCCCUGGAUGCUGAGAAAGAUAUAGAACUUCUGAAAUAUUAUGGGUGGGAUGUUCCAGUUGAGUGUGCACGUAUACUCCGCGUCUCCACAAUGUUAUUGAAGAAAGGGGUUGAGAGAGGUCUCACUCCUUAUGACAUUGGAAGCAUCAUGUGCAGGCAAAAUUUCAAGCAAGAAUCAGCGAUUGAGAAGAUUGUUUAUGAGGCACAGGAAUCAUUGUUACCUGGCAUGGAGGAAUCUGCAUUUCUUGAAUCUGUCUCGAAGAUCAUGGAUUCCUGGCUCGAUAAGCUUUCAAAAUAGGCUUUUUUCUGAGUCAUAUAUACAUAUGCGUAUAUAAGGAUAUAUAUAUAAAUAUGGACGUGCAUGGAUUGAGUGAAUGAGUAGUCCAUAUUUUUCUUUCAGGAUUGUAUUGUCAUUUUGAGCAGAAGUUAAAGGUCUGAAUAAGAAGAGUCUGUCUUCUACAGAAAUUUAACAUAUUGUAGGUUUUUCAUGGAGGCUGACACAAGAGUUGGAUCUGUCUUGGCCUUGUAUUCUGUACAUAAGUGUCUUUUGUUAGGUGUUCAUUAAUUGUGCACCUAGGUAAGUAAGCAGGUGCCAUUUGGAAAUCUAAAUUUCCUUUCUAUUUUUUGUAUUGAUGGAAGAGAAGAAAAAAAAGGAAACUUGUUGAAUUUCAUGCGAUUUGCAUGAAAAUAUUAACGUUAUCAUGUAAUAUAUUCAAUUAUAUACUACAACACAGACCUUUUUGUAA